AACUCAGUUGCUCUGUUCCACACGGUCGGGAGCAUUUGUUGGAGCUUGACGCUUUUCGACAGCUAAUUGAAAACUCGAUCACCGGUAAUUUGCGACAUUUGUGCAGUGUUCGGCGGACUAACAGAGUGAAUAGUCAAGUUUGUGUGGUGCUGAGACUUAUUGCCAAUUUAAAUACGUACCUACUUAGUAAAACAGUAGUGAUUGUUUGUGGCUGCAAACAGCUAAAGUUAUUUUUUUUUAAUAUUUCUUAACUCUCAGAUCUCUGAACAUUGAAAAUAUCUAAACUUGGACUUGAAGAAAAUUUUAGGUUGAAAAAAAAAAACAAAAAUAAUUUGCUUCCUCUCGAUACAGCCAACAUUGGUGCAUCAUAAAAAGCAGCUUGCCGCUUUGACCUUGACUGUUGCCAAUAAACCACUAGAAAGAGAAGGAAAACAAAACAAAACAGUAGUCAGCUGCAGAUAUCUUCAAAAAAGUCUAAAACAAAGUUUUAUAGUUGUGAAAAGCCAACAACAAUGGAAGCCGUUGUAAAUAAAGCUUUUCUUGAUGCUGGUCAAAAGCCUGGUGUGGAGAUUUGGAGAAUCGAGAACUUCGAACCUGUUUCAUAUCCCAGCAAGUACUAUGGAAAAUUUUAUGAGGGAGACUCGUACAUUAUUCUAAAGACUACCGAAGAUCCACAUAGCCAAAAACUUUCGUGGGACAUACACUUUUGGUUAGGCGCUGAAACGACCACCGACGAAGCUGGCGCUGCGGCUAUUUACACCGUACAACUGGACGACCAACUGGAAGGUGCACCAGUGCAACAUCGCGAAGUUCAAGAUCAUGAAUCACAAUUGUUCCUGAGCUACUUUAAAAAUGGUGUGCGUUACGAGAAGGGCGGCGUCGCUACCGGCUUCGAGCAUGUCGAUGUAAAUGCUACUGGCGAAAAGCGCCUGUUCCAAGUGAAGGGCAAACGCAAUGUGCGGGUACGUCAAGUUGCUCUGUCAAUAACGUCGAUGAACCGCGGCGAUUGUUUCAUUUUGGAUGCGGGCGAAGAGAUUCUGGUGUAUGUGGGUGAGAAUGCUAAGCGUUUAGAGCGACUAAAGGCUAUUUACGCCGCAAAUGAAAUACGUGAUCAGGACCAUCAUGGCCGUGCGAAAGUGAGCAUUAUUGAUAACUUCUCAUCCGACUUUGCGAAGGAACAAUUUUUUUCGGAACUUGGUUCCGGCUCAGCCGACGAAGUACCGGAUGAGACCACCGAUGAGGAAGAUGGAGUCUUCGAGGCCGCCGAUAUCCAAGCAGUUACACUGUACAAAGUGUCCGAUGCCAGCGGUUCCUUGGAGAUUGAGAAGAUAUCUGAGAAGCCUCUACGCCAGGAGAUGCUCAGCACUGAUGAUAGCUUCAUACUCGACACUGGCUCAGGCAUUUAUGUGUGGGUUGGUCGUGGCUCCACACAAACAGAGAGGACAAGCGCUAUGAAAAUGGCGGAGAAUUUUUUAGAGAGCAAAUCAUACCCAGCUUGGACGCAGGUGCAUCGAGUUGUUGAGGAUGGUGAACCGGCGCCGUUCAAGCAAUACUUUGCCGCUUGGCGUGAUCAAGGCUUACAGCAUAAGCACUUGGUGCGCACUGCAUUGGGUUAUAGCACCGAUGAUUCCGAUUACGAAGAGCCUGAUGAUGUCGAUUCAGUGUUGCAGAAUUUGAAGAAGAGCGGUGGUCAUGCAAUUGCUUUCAUGCCUGACAAUGGCGAGCAAGAUAUCGAACAUAUUAUCAAGUUCAGUUCGGAAUCGGAUGAUGUUGUAGUGCGCAGUAUCGUUGAUUUCGAAGGCACUACACCGCUAAUUGGCCAAUAUGCCUACAUCAUCACAUACAAGUACAGCGCUAGGAGUGGUGAGGCUGGCAAGCUUGUGUACGUGUGGGAGGGCGCAAAGGCUAGCGAUGCUGUGAAGGAGCGCUCAUUCAACGAUGGUUUGGCGAUGGCAAUGGAGGAGAAUGCCAUAUUGGUGCGCACCGGCCAAAGUCAUGAGCCGCGUCAUUUUCUGAAAAUUUUCAAGGGUAAACUGAUUACGCCAUUCAACGAUGAGCCGAAGAGUGCGCAGCUUUUCCGUGUGCGCGGCACAGAUGCUUCCGAUGUGCAUGCAAGCGAAGUGGUUUGCAAAGCGUCAUCUUUGGCUUCCGGUGAUGUCUUUGCAUUGGUUACGUUGGAUCACAAGGUGUACAUUUGGAUUGGACAAGGUGCCUCUGAUUUCGAGAAGGCAUCUGCCAAUGAGCGCUUUGAGCACUACUGGCCUCACGGCAAGACAGUGGUCAUAGAGGAAGGUUCGGAGCCAUCUGAAUUCUGGGAAGAGCUGCAUAGUUACGAUCGCAACUUAAACAACUUUGGAGCGCCAUUGCUUGAGCCGCGUCUAUUCCACUGUCGAUUAGUGGCUUGGCGCACUCAAGUGGAGGAGGUUCGUGAUUUCCAGCAGUCGGAUCUUGAUGUUGACGAUGUUAUGCUGUUGGAUGCCGGCGAUGAAAUUUACUUGUGGGUAGGAUCAGGUGCCUCUGUAGAAGAAAACGCUAAAAUUCUACAAAUGGCUAAGAAAUAUAUCAAGCAGGAGCCUACCGAUCGCACAAUCGACACUGUGAGCGUUAUUCGCAUUACCCAAGGCAACGAGCCGCGUGUCUUUACUCGCAUGUUCCCUACGUGGGACAAGGAUUACUGGAAGACAGUGGUGUCCUACGAUGAUGUAAGGCACAGGUGAAAAAGCACAACGCCUCGCUUUAAGCGGUUAAUGCUGGAAAGUAUCGCGGAGAGAUAUAGCAAAGCGACCACAAAUAUAUAUUAUAUUACCAAUAUAUAUUAUAUUUUUCGGACUAAGUACACUGUAGGGAAAAUCCAAAGUUUUGAAAUGCAACAAAAAAGCGAGUCGCAGAUUACGAACCAGUUGUCUGCUUUUCUAGAUCAGGUCAUUUCCCCAAGAUAUUUUAAUUUCGAUGAAAAAAAAUCAAAUUUUAACAAGAAAAUAAAAAAUACAAAUUUACCAAAUCUUUUGCAAUAUUUUUCCCUAAAAAUAAAAGUCUUUUCUUUUGCCAAAAGCAAGCUACUGAUGAUGAAAAUAGAUGGAUGAAUAAACCGCUUUUGAAAGGUCAAAUGAAAAUGUGCAAUCAUUUUUUUUGUAUGAAAUAGGAACAGGAAAUAAUGUUACACAUACGCCACAUCGUCCAUGGCCGUACUCGUACAUCCAUACGCCAUGAAUAACAUUUUCUACGUUAAAGUUUAAAUUUUUUUUCAUUCGCAAUGCAAACCUAAAAUGAAAAUAUCUUGGGAAAAUCUAACAACCUAAUCUCGAUCGCACCGCAUACAGAUCCGUAAUCUGCGAACCGAAAUUCAGUGUACGUGUCUCGGCGUUUCGUAAAGUGAAAAGAUGUAAUUUUCGGUGAAUUUUAAGUUAAAUUUCAAAUAAAACUUCAUGAAAAAAUUA